AAGGCAAACGAAGGCGUUAUCGUUGUGCGUGGAGAGAUCGUUAUCGAAAGCGAAGGGAAACGAAGGCGGAAAGCCAUCCACGCUCCCAGGUGUACGCGAAGCGGAGAAGGCGAAGAAAUCGAUCUCGGUCCCGUCCUCAACGCCAUCCCCGUCGCAUCCAUGGUGGAAAAACCCUAGCCAGGGAAACCGGAUCCCCUCUUCGGACGCUUCCUCCCUUCGUUCGACUUGCUUUCCCCGUUCUCGGAAUCCCGCAGCCGGAUCUCCGCCCAUGGGGUUCUUUCUCGGCCUAUUCCUCGGGGUCGUCGUUGGCGUUGGCCUCGUCAUGGCCUUCGUCCACUCGGAGAACGGGCGAUCCAAGCGCCGAGGAGAACUGGCUGCAGCUGUUGCUUCUUUUGCAAGAAUGACAGUAGAAGAUUCGAGGAAACUACUGCCUGCUGAAUUUUACCCUUCGUGGGUUGUUUUCUCACAGAGACAAAAGCUGAACUGGCUGAACUUGGAACUUACCAAGAUCUGGCCUUUUGUUGAUCAGGCAGCCUCUGAACUGAUAAGAAGUUCCGUUGAGCCAGUGCUUGAACAAUAUAAACCAAUUGUCUUAAGUUCUCUGAAGUUUUCAAAGCUUACGCUGGGAACUGUUGCUCCACAAUUCACUGGUGUCUCAAUCAUUGAGGGGGAUAUGUCUGGAAUCACAAUGGAGCUAGAGAUGCAGUGGGAUGGCAAUCCAAGCAUUGUUCUUGAUGUUCGGACAAGAGUUGGUGUGUCACUUCCCAUACAGGUGAAAAACAUUGGCUUCACAGGUGUGUUCCGUGUGAUUUUUAAACCACUGGUGGAUGAAUUUCCUUGCUUUGGAGCUAUUUGUUAUUCUUUGAGAGAGAAGAAAAAACUUGACUUUACUCUUAAAGUAGUCGGUGGUGAUAUAUCAUCACUUCCUGGUAUAUCGGAUGCGAUUGAGGGAAUGAUACGUGAUGCUGUUGAAGAUUCGAUAACAUGGCCAGUUCGGAAUAUUAUUCCUAUUUUACCUGGAGAUUACAGUGACCUGGAACUGAAACCUACUGGUAUUCUGGAGGUAAAGCUUGUUCAAGCAAAAGGUUUGACAAAUAAGGACUUAAUAGGGAAAUCCGAUCCCUAUGCUGUGUUAUAUAUACGACCACUACGUGACAGAACAAAGACUAGCAAAGUCAUUAACAACGAUUUAGAUCCAAUAUGGAAUGAACACUUCGAGUUCACAGUUGAGGAUGCUUCGACUCAGAAUUUGACAGUAAAGAUAUAUGAUGAUGAAGGUUUACAGGCAUCUGAAUUUAUAGGUUGUGCUCAAGUAAGGUUACAGGAUCUUCAGCCUGGAAAAGUGAAAGAUGUCUGGUUGAAACUUGUCAAAGAUUUAGAAGUCCAGAGAGACAAGAAGGACCGUGGUCAGGUUCACCUAGAGCUUCUAUAUUGUCCUUUCGGCACAGAGAGUCAAUUUUCUAACCCUUUUGCCAAUCAAAAAUACUCUAUGACUUCUUUGGAGAAGGUUCUCAAGAGUAGCACAAAUGGAGCUGAUGCUGAAAGCAUAGAGCGCACAGCUAAUCAAAAGAAAAAGGAGGUGAUAGUAAGAGGAGUGCUUUCUGUAACAAUCAUCUCUGGGGAGGACUUGCCUGCAAUGGAUGUAAUGGGAAAGGCAGACCCCUUUGUUGUGAUCCGUAUGAAAAAAUCAGAAACUAAGAACAAAACUAGGGUUGUGAAUGAUAGCUUGAAUCCAACCUGGAAUCAAACUUUUGACAUUGUUGUUGAAGAUGGCCUGCAUGAUAUGCUUAUAUUGGAAGUUUGGGACCAUGACACAUUUGGAAAGGACUACAUGGGGCGGUGCAUCAUGACGUUGACAAGGGUCAUACUUGAAGGGGAAGUCAGAGAUAGCUUUCCUUUAGAAGGGGCCAAAUCUGGAAAGCUUAACGUGUACCUAAAGUGGGCAGCACAACCCAUAUUCCGUGAUAAUAACUGAGUUUGUAUGCCUUUUUCAGGAUGGCGCUCGUCCGUUUCACCACAAUGCCUUGAAUUUGGCAAUUGUGGUUGUAUAAAUGGAGAUGCUAGUCUGAUCUGUCACUUCAUUAACUGGUGUAAAUUAGGACAAGCACAAAUUCAGUGUAGUAAAUUAUUCGUUGAAGAUUCAUUGUGCGUGAUAGCAUCGCAGAGCUUGUGCCAUUUAUUAAGUGGCAGUUUGUAAUAAGGUGACUUGGUUCGAUGUGUAAUCCUUCAUUUCCUGGUUGUAAAUUGCAGUUGAGGUGACUA